UGAAACGACUGUCGCGGUCAUCUUUUUAGGGCAGCAAUGUCUCUUGGCAAGAGAGGGACAGGACGUCUCUCGAAGACAUCUGCGUUUCAUCGCAUGAUCCCGUCACCUUCUGCAUUUAUCGAGCAACGCGUGAAUUCCGUUUGGAGGAAUGCGUCCACCACCCCUAUGCACGUGACCAGCGGGGUCGUCCUCGAGAAUCCGCUGAAUUAAAACCGAUCGCACUUAGACAUUUUAAAUAACCAGCCGCCCGUAAAGAUUGAACGAACGAGAAAGGAAAUGAUAGAUACGUUCUAGUAUCCGAGCAGCCGCUCUAUUCGUUCCCAGAGCGAGUUACGGUAAAUUUUAAUCAGUCCCAUUGUCUCGACUUUAGACGCGUCCCUGAUACACGUAGACUCAACAGCCGGCAUUGUUUCGUCUAUCAGUUUCGCAGGCCGUCUUUUCCUGUUAAUAACCGCGUGAAUAACAGUGCAACGGGCCUUCGUCGUUCCCUACGCCUAAGCGCCGUUCAUAUUACCGAAACACGGGCCCCGGUUAAAUUCAUUAUGUUUAACAUAAAAAGAAAGAGCGUACGAAACCACGAUACUGCUUAUCCAGCGUCGCGAUAGCGACCGGUUAUCACUGAUAACGAACAGAAAAGUGGUCGAUGGUUCAACGAGCGAUUGUGCGUGAGCAGUAUCCGAAAGAGGUCCCAAGGAUGACAAGAGGACAAGGAUGAUCCGAGGAACAUCUGGCUGGACCAUUCGAGGAAACCAUUGGACAACGCCGAAUUCUUAAGCCCUUAAACGAGGAACAGCGGUUAGAAUAAUAUUUAGUAAAACAGCAAAUGUAAGCCGUGCGUCGCGUCGUUCAUAAUAUUCACGAUCGAUCGGCGUUAAUCCCCUCUGCCGGUUGACGCUCAUUAAAAUUAAUUAAUCCGACAAGGUAUCCCGUGUAAAGAAUAAAAAAAUAACACGUACGUUGCAAAUCGUGAUGCUACGUGGAUGAGACACGCGCUUCCCCCUUGAUGAACCUUCGUUGUCCUGCGCCAGGCGAUGGAACCCGCCGCUCUGAAUCGUGCUACGUUUGGAUCACCAUCUGAAUUCGCCGAGACGAGCGUGCAGACCGUAGAAAUGCAAGAGAAUUCGGUGACCGAUCCAACCCCGGUUCUUUCAAGGCUGACGGUCAUCACGGCACAGCCGCGAGGGGACGUUUCGCAAGCGAGGAGGCCGAUUCCGGUAAACACGUUGGACUGGGUGUCAACCCCGAGAUCGCAGUUGAGUGCACUCUCGGGAAGCCACUUCCUGGGCAACGUGGAGCAACUGGAGAUACAGCAGAUCGUCGAUCUGAGUACAUUGCUCGGCAGAUCGGAAAAGAAAUUCCAGUACAGAGUAAAAAUCCCAAGAGCCGAAACGCUGUUCCUCGCGAUGCACGCGAGAUCGGAUAAACCGGCCGACUGGAGUUGUUCGAGAUUGCUCCGAGACGAUAUCACGUUGAACAUCUUGGACCAGUGCGGUGAAACCGCGUUCGUCAUGAGAAUGAACAGCAGACGGACUAUCGCUUUAAAUAAAUUACACACGAUGAUAGUGGGUAGUUCGAAGAUGCUGGGUUCGGUGGAGGAGAAUUUCUGCAUAAUGGGCUCGAGCUUCACGGUCUACGACGAGGCCCGAAGACCGCUUUCCAAUAUUUAUGGACCGAACGUUUGCGGCUGCUGCAUGUAUCAGGAAGCGCAAUUCCAAGUGAUUUCGAUCGACGGUACUCACCAAAUUGCGUCGCUCAUGCACCAAUGGGACAACGUUCUCCACGAUUACAAUUUGUUGAUAACGUUCCCGGCGAACACGGAUAUCAAGUUCAAGAGCCUGCUCCUUGGAGCGGCGUUUCUUCUGGAGCAUAUGUACUUUGAAGAACUAAAGAGGCCAUUGUAGACGUAAUUAAUUAUCCAAUUGUACGUAAUCUUGUUAAUAAAAAUCAAUUUGAAGUUUACUUUAAAAUAUGGAAUAUCUGAUUUCCGUUUCGCGCGCUGGCUAUUGAGCAAGUGUUUCGUUAUGGAAUUUCGUCAUUGGACGAACAGUGUCUGAAAUCUGUACAUAAUAGAUACAUAUUUAUGUGGAACCUGCAUUCGUUUCCUCUCUCUCAGUCGCCUAA